GUUGAAUUCACGUGACCAUAUUUCGUCCGAGGAAAUGGAAUCGACAAUUUGAAGGUCACGAACUUUGCAUUGAUCCAAAACGCUGUGUAUUUUUAUUCCGACGAAUUCGCGAAAACUGUGUCUUCCCAUUCAAUAUAUUGUAUCAUGUUCUUCGGCUAAAAAUUACACGGAGGAAACGCUUAGGGCCGGAAGUGAUUGACAAUUGUUAUUUUGGUCGUAGAGGCUGUGAAGAAUCUCUCGUCAUUGGGAGCUUGUGUGUAUUCAUUUGCUCGUUCGACAGUACACUGUGUUUGAAAUCAUUCUCACCUUGCAUACUGAAGAAUAAGUGAAUUUAAGAAAUGAGCAACCUUGGUAAGAAGUCGAAUUGGAGUUUGUCUGUUUACAUUACUAAUUUGAGCACUGAGAAGUCUGUAGAAGUCAAUGGAGAAACUCACAUCGGAAAGCUCAUGUUGGACCUUGUUGAAGGACUAGGUAAGUCUGCUGCUCUGUGUGAUUCAAUCUUGUCGACUUUUGCGCGGGUGUGGUGCCAUUAAAAUGUGUAGAAGAGAAAAACCUGUUCCUUGACGUUUAGUUUUGUGUUAAGAGUUGUUGAUCCUGCUGACAUUCCAAGUAUUUGUUAACGUCCUAUGUGUUGGAAUUUAAAAGCAAUAGCGUCUGCGUAACGCUGUGUUAAACCCAUCGCGAUCAAAUUAAUUUAGCUUACUUUUCUUUGUCAUAUCCUUGUACAUUAUAAUUCUUGUAGACAUAGCGGCUGAUUGGUCUGAUCAUGGAUUGUGGUGGCCCCAAAAACGACUGUGGCUUGUGAAACCCCGCUUAACUUUAGACACAAUCGGUGUGCAAGGCGACGCUAAACUUCAGUUUACUCCAACUCAUAAAAAGGUUCGCGUUCAGUUACCCGACUUGCAGUUUGUGGAAGUUUCUCUGGACUUUUCUAAGCCUGUUUUCCACGCCGUACAAGAACUUUGUGCCGAAUUGGGAAUUAGACAUCCCGAGGAACUAUCUCUGCUCAAACCGUUCGAGGGAUCAAAAAAAGAAGAGCGAAAAACUGUUCGUGGAAAAUCGAAGAAGAGACAUUCACUCUCUUCCAGCUCGGACGACAAUUUAUCGGCUAACAGCGACGACAAAACUAGAGGAAGCAAGGACAGUUUAAAUGUGCCGAAUUAUAAUUCACUUCCAAGGCAUGGUUACGCUUCACCGAACGGCAGUGUUGGUUCCUCCACACCUGGAUCUUUAUCGCCUUUCACUCCUAACAGCCCGUGUGGAACGAUCGAAACAACUUCGUUAGCUUGUAGCCCCGUGGCACCUUCUCAGGAAGCAGUUGCCUCUUUAUUCAAGCCCAAAACAUUUACAGAAAAGGCUGUAGUGAACAAAGGGUAUGUACAAUUUGUAGAUAAUCAAUUAUAUAUUAGUUGGAUACAUUUUCAUCAAUCAUGCACUUUUGUUUUAUCGAGUGGCUCACCAAUUACUUCAACAAAUAUUGCAUCGCGAGUGUAUUUUGUAGGUUAAGAUGCAAGGAGUUUAUUGAUCUACACCGUUCUAGUUACAGGCACUGAUUUCUUGAGUUUUUUACUGGUCAGAUCUCAUCAGUUAGUAAACAUGUUGUGUGCAAGUCAGCUACAGGGUAUAUUGCACAAUGCAUACUGUUACAACCCAGGGAAUACAGCUGAGAGCGCAACUGGCCUUUAAUAGCCUGAAUUUUGGCGUGUGAACUCAAAUAUACUUCAGAGCUAUUUUCUUUGGUUUUUGCUCAGUUUGAGAGCAACAACCAAAACCUGUCCUUUUCUCCAUGCUUCACUUGCUUCACUCCAUGUGAAAACUUGCAGGGACCAGUGGACAAUUCAACUCUGGCAAAUAGAACACUAGCCUGUUCCAAGCAUCCAGAUAGUACACAGUAGGCGAGUUUCGUAUUCGACGAGUUCUUGUAUUUGUGAGGUAAAGCAAGGCUAAUGCUGAUCACUUCUCACCAAGAAUACAGACAAACAUGAGAAAACUGUGGCUGAGUUGCCAAAAAAAAAAAGGAGAUUUGAAAUGUUGAAAGGUUUUGUAGGUCUGAAAACUUAUUUACAGGCUUGAGAAAUCAUUGUUUCAAACAGCAAAAGGAAGAUCAGCUCUUCAUCACUGAGAAAAACAACAAGCCUAACCAGAAAUUGACCGAAAUAGUGGUCGGUGAGUGAGUUCAAUAAAAAUCAGUAGACGUUUUCAAAAUCCUUUAACAAGGUAACACCUUGAAGCCAUUUCAAUUUUCAUUUCAGUGAUGGUUAAAACUUUUUUAAGCCAUAACUUCCAUCGGAGUGUCGAAAGCUUCCAAGUUAAACUGAAACCUUCAUUUUAAAUGACAUUUUGUUAAUGGAGCAAAUGCAAGAUCUUGUGUGUUAAAAAAUAAUAAUAAGACGAUGGGCCAGUUCCUUGCAAUGUAAGGAAGUUAAAUCAGUUUAAACGAAGAUGACUAAAAUAGUACAAGUUUAUUUAUACAUAAGCUUACAUUUCGCCUACAUUAUUUAUCAAAAUAUUCAGUCCCAUAAAGAAAGACAUAUGCACAUUUCACUCAACAAGGACUCAAACACAGAAUCUUUCACAGGUAUACACAAGAGUAAAAUAGCAUACUAAGAAGUAACAUAAUUAAAAGGAAACAAAAUAUUUUCAUUUUAACACACUUUACCCUUUUCAAGCUAAAAAAGUUCAAGAGCAUACUUCUUCUUUUGGCUUCAUCGCUUUUUUCCUUUCUUCUGUAAUUACGAUCAGCUUUUCCCACAAUUUUGUUGUUUGCAACAGACAUCCCUUUGGCUUACUGGUAAAGAUUAAGCUUUGAAAUCUUACUAUUUUGAAAAUUUCGAUCUUUUUCCAGCAACUCAGCGGCAAAUUACCCAUGUUUGUUUUUGUUUUUGCAAAGAAGUUGACCGACAUUAGCCUCGCAAUCGUGCUCGUCCCAGGGCCGCAGGAAAGUGUGGACAAAUUGUGAAUUACGAAAAGCAGGAAGUAAAAGAUGGUGUGCCUUAAGAGUUGGCCAUCGAAACAUUCACCUGGAUAUUUCAAGAGCCUGUUGUAUUAACAGGUUCAAGUUAAUCAGUCGUAGGACAUCCUCUGUUAAGGUGGCUCAAUGGGGUUUUUCAGGGUCAGCACCUCCCAAGUUUGGCCAUAAUCCACAUUGCCAUCAACAAAGAUUUGGAAAAAUUACCACUACAGCUGUAUUAGAUUAAGAUGAAAAUUGUGUCGUGGUCAGGGUUACAAUGACAUCAGAGUUGUAAUGGGAACAAAAUGAUGCCAUUACCUAUUUUACUUGCAGCCGUAUUUCUCAACAGUGGGAAUUUUUCUUCCAAAAUUGUUCACUUGAGCUUUUUCCUCCAAUAGCCACCCUGAUGUUCAUGAAGUUUGAGUGAAAUCUUUAAGGAGAAGAUUAUCGAGAUAUUUUGGGAUGAAGAUUUUAUGGUUAGAAAUACUGUAAACACUGGACACUCUUGAUGUUUGGCAGUUAUCUUUAGAAAGCAAACACUUUUGAAAUACAAUAUUUCACCUCAUAGUAGUUUCAUUCUUCUUAAUGUAAACAAGUGUGAAAGAUCAUGGAGAUAGCUUUAGCUGAUUGCUAGAAAGAAGGAUUUGAUUAGCAUGUAUCAAGGCACUCUUUUUAGCAGUUUUGUAAACAUUUUGGUCUACUUAAACAGAUAAGCGAGUAAUUUUGAAACUGCUGGAUAGAUUUUUUUUAAUUUGAGAUUUUUGGGAUUAACCAUGGUUUUAUAUGACCUUUGAGUUUCAAGAUAAGAUUAUUGAUAACUUAUAAGGCAGUAAAUAAGGGCUACAAUUUGCUAAUUUUUUGUCAGAAAUUCCGUGUUUACAAGUGAGAGCCUCUCAUUAUUCAGGGGUAUUGUCUCCAAGUUUCAUAUAUUUGUGGACAACAAUAGUUUUCAUUUCUGCAUAUUUCAAAUGCAUUGUUACUUACUGCUGUUCACGUGUAAAUGAAAUUUAUGAACAAAUACAGUCAAACCUUGAUUAUCUGGACUCAUUAGGACUUGAGUAAAUUGUCCAGAUAAUCGAAGAUGUAAAUAUUAUAUGAUGUAAACAUUUUUGAAAGCAAAACAUAUUAAAACAGUGUUUUAAACACACAUUUGGAAGGAUUAAUGAACUUUUGAUCGCCUCACUUUUUUGAAAAAAAUGGGACCAGGGAAACAAGUCCAGAUAAUCCAGGUCCGGAUAAUCAAGGUUUGACUCUACUCUGCAAAUUUUAUUGCAGGGCGCUCUUGUCUUGUGAUUUUGAAAUACUUGCUCUGCAAUUCUCUCAUAUUGGUCUCAAAUAUAUAAAAUUGAGAUUUUGAUCGGUGACUUUUUGGUGAGGGUUUUUAGGCAAUUUAUGUUCUGUAACAUGUUAGACAUUGUCCUUUUUUUUUUCCGAAGUCUAACACAUUAUAUGUACUUACGUGUACAGAGUAAUAAAUAGGCUCUUUUUUUAUUAAGAUAGUUGAAUGGUUACAACAAGUGAUGCAUCAAUACCUAAAUGUUGUCAUUGUUAUCAGUCUUGCAGGUAGUUACAUGUAAUAUAUACUGUUGAUGUCGCUUUGUUCUUUUAUUAAGACUUGGUGUUACGUAGCCUGAACAGCAGACAAAACUAAGCUUCUUGUUAAGUCCAUCUGCGAAACAGCACUAAAAUCCUUGUUCUCAGCCCCCACCUGGAUAUCAGGAUUUGAGUACGCAGCGUGAUUGGCCUAACAAAAAAGGCCAUUGUGGAUUUGCCAGUCAACUUAGUGGAAAAUUCAAAAUGCAUUUCCCAUAAUUCAUUGAGUCCAUUGCGGGCCCAGAACAAGGAUAUUGGCGCUGCUUAGCAGACAUUACUAACCAGCACUGGAUUACAUCUUGUAGACUUGGUGUUAUAUUGUCUCUGAUAUUUUCUUUUUCUCUCCAUCAGAUGGCUAGAUUCAUCAAAGUCUCUUAUGGCUCAGGUAUAAAUGCUUUCUGUGUUAUACAAUAACUUGCUGUAUUAUUAUUAUUAUUAUUAUUAUUAUUGUUAUAAGUGCAUACAUCUUUAUUACAAAACCUCAAUUAAAAUCCUAUUUACAAUCAACCUGCUGUUACAAAAAAUCUAAUUAAUUCAUCAAAACGCUAUCUACAAUUCCAUCCGUUACAAAAGAAACCCCUCGGCCUUCAUAAGAGAACAAAAACAAUCCUAUAUAUAAUAAGUGAAGAAAGAAACUAUUCAUUUACAAAUUCUAAAAAAUAGAAGUAACUUAACCUUACAUAAAAGAAGAGGAAAUAGAUUUUAUUAAAAAUAAAAGUUCAAAAUUCUAUAAACUUUAUUAUUGUUAUUAUUACUAUUAUUAUUAUUAUUAUUAUUAUUAUUAUUAUUAUUAUACAAUAACUUUAUUAUUUAAAUUAUUUCCAAGAAGCUAUUUGAUGCUCACACUGAUCCUAUAUUAUAAGUUUGCAAAUACUGAAAUUAUCUGAAAUUUACAAGUUUUUUUUUUUUUCAAGUUGGAAAGUUUAUGUAUUCUUAUAAAAUAGGCCUGCUCUCUUCUGUAUUCAAAGCAAUGUUUUUGAUGAUAAAUGAAGUUCAUUCCUAUAACACCAGAAAUUCAAUUUCAAAUACUUUCUACUUGUUUCCUGCACAAACAACUAUAAGACUUUUUGGUAUAAGAUUUCAGGGUCCUAAAUUUUUCAACUCACUAAACAACAAUAUGUAAAUUGUUGCUGCAUUACAACAUUCACUGUUUUGAUGUUAUGCUAAUGUUUCCAAAGUAAUGCACCCCGUGCAUACCUCCAUGUCUAGUACAUUUCAGUGCAAAUUUUAUUGCAUCUUUUGAAUGUAACAUUGACAAUAAUCACACUGAAAUGCACUAAUCAUGGGAUUAUGUAUGUAUGAUAAUUUGGAAAAAUUAGCAUAACUCCAAAGCAGUGAAUAUCAUAACGCCGUCAGUGGUGAAAUUUUGUAGCGAUCGGACAAGGAUAAAAUCACAUUAAAGGAGAUUGAAAAAUAUUGGUAUGGUCUCUGAAAAACUGUUUCAAAACACCUUAAUGUCAGACUCACUUACUGUUCAUACAGGGAUGUACACUGUACUCUAGCAACACCCAAAGACCCUUGGUGCCUUACUUUUGCUCUUGGGUAACUAAGGAAUCUUAGUUUUUUUUCAUAGAAAUCCUAUGCAGGGCAACCUGAAUUUAACAGGCUCAGAGCAGUGGGUUCCCUUUAGAUUUUCUUAGAAAACAGCCUUUCAUAGCAUUUUUCAUUUCUUUUUAUAAUAUGAUACAGAGCUUGAAAUAAUAGUUGGUCAUCAGAUAAUAUUGGACUAAAAUUCAGGCUGUUUAUUAGGCAUCGGAGAAUUCUCUGUUUGCUAUGAAAAAUUCUCUGGCUAACAUUCAGUAGCCUGCGACCAUUUUUUAUUUAUUCAGAUGAGGAGCCUCUUUCAGAAUAUUCUCCUGUAAUGUUACACCUUUCUCCUGCUACUAGAAUUCUUAAUGGCAACCCUGAAAAUUGGCUCAUGUCUGAAGAUAUUUAAGCUGUGGUUGAACGUGAUUUAUAGACUAUUAUUUUAAGACUUCCGUUUUGCAGCUGAUUAAAUUCUGCAUGGAGUGCAUGUGUAUUUUCUUACCAACAAAAUAAUAUUGUUGCAGUGAAUAUACAUGUAAUGGCAGUAAUUGGACUACCUGCGAAUCCUGAAUCUGAACCCACCUGGCAUUAAAGACAAUUUUUGGUUUUGUCCAACUAAAUAAUGACUCACAGUAGCUAGACAUAUGUCAUUUCAAGAAAGGAAAAUUAUUUGCAUCUCUGUGAUAUUUCAUCAUCAGGUUCCAAUGUAAUAAUCUCGCUGGGCUAGUGUCCUGCAGUUCAAUGCCCAAAAUAAGUUUUUGUUUUAUCUGCAGUCAAACGUCCAUUCUGCACCUUGAGUUUGCAUGUAUCUUAUCAAUUUCCUUUCCCUAUUGCCUGAUCUUGAGGAGUGGUUUUCAAGCCCUCCAUCUUUCUCUAGUUCCCCACAGGUUAACUAGACCUCUGUCUUACUGUUAAUUACAUCUCUCUUGCCAUCUUGUUAACCCAAAACGUAAAAAAUGCCGCGUGAAGUAUUACGAGUGUAAAGUGCACCUUAAGGGCUGUUCCCCAGCUAGGCGGUGGGGAGAAAUCAAGACACUCAGUGGAAUGGAAGGGCCCGUUGGGUCACGUGAUAAUGUCUUAAAGUCCAUUCAUCACUUAGAAGGUGCUUGUGGUCUAUCAGCAGACGAUCUUGCGAACCACAUCAACACAGCUUUGAUAGCCCCAAUGGAGGAUUUUGAACCACUCACCCACAAUCCAUUUAGGGGAAUGUUUCUGUGUCUUCGAGCAGAACUGUGAAUGAUGAUUUCUCACCAGUAUCAGAGUUAUCUGUCCGUAAAAAGUUAUGCUCUGUUAACCCAGCCAAGGCACAAGGUCCAGACAGUAUCCCCGGAUGGCUCUUAAAGGAGAACGCGGACCUUUUGACCCCCACCCCCACCCAUCAUGGAUAUCAUGAAUAUCUCCUUUUGGGAAGACUGGGUGCCCUUAUCUUGGAAAGGAGCAGAUAUCAUCCCUGUCCCCAAACAAAGACUUAUCCAAGACAUCAACAAGCACCUUUGCCCCAUUUCCCUUACGCCUAUCUUGUCCAAGAUUGCAGAGGAUCAUGUUGUUCAUGACAGAUUACAAUAUUCCAAACCACAUCUUAUGCUUGAUUGCUGACUUUCUAUUGGAUAGGAGACAGAGUUAAACUGGCCCAGGAUUGCUUCUCUGAGUGCCGUUACAGGACUGUACAUCCCAGCCGGUGUUCCUCAGGGGACAAAGUUAGGGCUGUGGCUCUUUUCAAUAAUGAUUAAUGACUUGAAUGCAGGAGAGGUAGAUAUGUGGAAAUGUGUGGAUGAUACCACAAUCUAUGAGGUCAUAGAUAAAGGCCAAGAGAGUUGUCUUCAGCAAAUGGGAGAUGAUCUCGCAAUACAAGCAAGGGAUGACAGAUUUCAGUUAUAUAUGAAAGGAAAUGCAAAGAGCUCAGGGUGAGCUUUGAAGGAACAAACCAGAAUUUGACCCUAUCUUGGUUAACCAUCAGACCCCUAGAGAGUGUGAACAGUGUGAAAUUGUUAGGACUUAAUGUUAGCAGUGAUUUAAAGUGGAAUGUCCAUGUGUCAGAACUAGUUAGAAAGGUCUCAACAAUAUUAUAUUUUCUAAGAUGGCUUAAAGAAAUGCCAUGUUGCUACAAGAGAGCUUGUUCUACUUUACAUCACAUGCAUUCGCUCUAUUCUGAAGUAUGGCAGCCCAGUUUUUCAUUGCACUGUACCAAGUUAUCUAAGUGAGCACCUCGAAAGACUGUAAAAACGUGCUAUGAACCUUAUUUACCCUGAGCUAUCAUAUGCUAAGGCUCUAGAGCUGUCCGGACUUUUAACACUGUAUGAUAGAAGAGAGGCAAUUUCAGCAAAGUUGUUCCAUGAAAUAUGUGCUAAUCAGUCUCACAGUCUCCACAAACUACCUCCAAGUAAAUACCAGCCAAGCUACUCUCUGAAAGAACAAAGAACAUUUAUUCGUCCAAAGUGUAAAACUGAAAGAUGCAAGAAUAGUUUUCUUUAAAGUUAUGUUUACAGUAGUUGAGACCUAGAUAUAAUUUUGUUUCUUAUUGUAUGUAGGAACUUGAUGCAUGCUUUUGAAUUUGUGAUUUUAUAACAGCUUUAAAAUCGUAAAUUAUGUUGGAUCAUCUUCUUUUAUUGGUUGUAAAGUACUUUAAUUAGUUGUAAUUUAGUACACUUGUAAAUUAUUUCAUUUGUAUACCUUUUCGCAAUUCAGCUCUUGGCUUCAAGUUUUUAAGGUGACUAAACUAUCUAUCUAUCUAUGCAAUCCUCGUCACAUGCUAUAAGAAAAUUGCAUAGUGCAAGAACAAAUUAUCAAUCAUUGAAGGUUCCCAGCUUCUAUCAAGAAAUUAUUAUUAUUAUUAUUAUUAUUAUUAUUAUUACUAUUGAAUGAGUUAUAAAUUUGUGAAUUACCUUGAUGUUACAGGAAGUUGCUGAAUUUUCCACUCUUCUUUUGAGAUACAAGUAUUAUGCCUUCUUUGAUCUCAAUCCAAAGGUUAGUAUUCAUAAACCAUUCUUUUAUUAUUCAUACAGUACUAUCUAAACCUAAUAUUCCUGGCUUGCAAGGCACAGUUCAGACCUUUGGGUUGUAAUUUGACUUUCAAUGCCCUAAUGACGAAAGUGUAACCUGUACCAAGCAGACUCUACACUGAGUUAACAUCAUGAGUUAAGCAAACAGGAGCAUCAAUAUUAUAAAGCCCGAAUUUGAACGUUAUACCUGCAACAAAUUAAAUGUGGUAACCACUCAAAACCCUAAUCAAACUUUGGUCAGCCACCUUUGCCCAUUCACACCUGGAUAGUCGGCUGAAAAUCAUGUUUGAAAAUACCUGAAGUUGAACUGUUUCCAGGUCGCUUUCUUGACAGAAGAAGCAAAGAUGCCCCAAAUGUUGUUCACAAGUCAAAAUUUUAUAUAUGAUUGGUAUGCACAGAAGUCAAAAUUUAAAGAUACAUGUACAUGAACUGUUUUUGGACACCCUUGUUAAUUAACUGGGCUGACCAAUGCAGGCCCAGUUGAUAAAAUACCUUCAAUUGUCUCGGGGGGGGGGUGGAGGGUAAUUCCUGGGAAGGGUACAUUGUUCAAAUGAGUUUAUGUUUGACUCUCACAUGAGAAACAAGGUCGGUGACACGGUUUUAUGGUGGCCUGAGUGUGUACAGCUACCCCCUCCCCUCAGAAAAAAUUGCUCCUUAGCAGCUUAGUUAAAAUCGCCUUUCCGCGAUUCUUGUUAUUCACCACAAUAACUGAUGUGUGAGCCACAUCUUUUUGUUUUACUUGCAGGCUCAAAAUAGAGGUUGCCUUGUCUGUGAGACAAUCUCUUCUGGUUGGUGCAAAUGUGACCCUGAAAGGCAAAAUGUCCGCUAACAGUUGAUCUGUUUCGGAGGCUAACUAUUUAUUAUCCAACCCUUUUGAGGAUCUGUUCAAAGCAUUUGAUAAACCAUUUGAAUGGUUUAAAUACCCAUUUAGACAGUUGCAACAUCCUUUCAAACGGUUUUUCCACGUUAGAUUCUCCUUGCUAUCCGAUCAACUGUUACUUUUUUGUGGUGGGGAAUGGAAUUUUGGGUCAUGAUAAUUCAACUUCCUUGCUUAAUGAAGCAACCAUCUUGUAACUGUAUGGAUCUGUCAAUAGCCCUUAUGCAUGUUUACGUCACACAAGCAAAUUUCACCACCAAGCCUCGUUUUGAAAUUAAAAAUAAGCGAAGUUUCACAGAAAUGAAUUCCCAAGGCAGUAGAGUUGAAAAGAAUACCCACGCACAAAAAGUGCAAAUGCAAAAAAUUGUGUUCACAAACGAGGCUUGUUGGUGAAAUUUUAAUACUAGUCUGACGUAAUCAUGCAUAGGGGCUAUUUGACAGAUCUGAUUACUGCCAGUAAUUCCUAUUGUCAUGUGGUAAAAGAAGCUCUUUCCACAAUGGUAAUCUUUACAAGAACUUAUUAUUUACUGCUUGUAAAACAAUGAUUUUGAUUUUUAUCUCACCAAACCAGGUUGAUGAGGUGCGCAUCAAUCAGCUAUAUGAGCAAGCCAAGUGGUCAAUCUUAACAGAGGAAGUAGAGUGCACAGAGGAAGAGAUGAUGACCUUUGCUGCCAUACAGGUUAUUACCAUAAAUUAUUUCCUCUUAUCACCUUAAAAACUUAACUUUAGCUAUAAAUACAAAGUAAACUGUAGGUUGCAGAGUGUUUAUUACUCUUUUGAAAAAAUUACCUGAGUUUUUGUUUUCAUAUUUAGUUCCAGGUGAAGCUUACCUCAUCCUCUCCUCAGAAUUCCCAAAGUGGAGAUGAUGAUAAUGAUGACAUAGAUUCAGCCCUUAAUGACUUACAGGUAUCUUUUAUAAUGAAUAACCUUUAGGUCCCAAGACUGACCAACAUUGAUUUUCUCCUGAGAAUCAUUAAAAUGAUCAGCAGGCAAAACUGCUUUGAUCAUCUUUCAAUAAAUCGUAGGAACGCUACAUGAAUGGGUCUUGGCUUUUUCUUGUCGGAGUUUUUCGCUUUCCUUGUUGGUGUAUGGUGAACACGUUCUAUUUCAACAUGUCCACAUAGGGUCUCUAGGCCCAUGUGGGUGGCUAUAAAGUCUUGAAUGAAUUCUGCACAUUUUUGUCCUUCUGCUUUUUCGGGUACAUUAUAGAAUACAAGGUUGAUUUGCCUUAAUCUGUUGCAUAAUUAGAUACCUUUUGUUUGAAACCAUUUAACCUGAUUGUCAUUUUAACCUACUAUUUACAUCCAGACAACUGCUGCAUUGUUAAUAAACUGAUUCAGAACAAUAAUCAUAGUAAUUAUUAUUAUUAAUUUUUAUUUAUCAAUUCACAGUGUUGUGCUAACUAUGAAAUUUUUACCUAAUGUACACAAUCUAAAAGCUCUUUAAUGUAUGUAAAACGUUAAUGCCAGUUUCUCAUUACGUGCCUCCGCUUCAAGCAGUUUUUAGUCCCAGGUUAGAUUUAAAGGGACAGGUUCUCAUUCCAUCCCAUUCACAUGUAUCUCAGCGAUCUCAGAGUGUAUUUCAAAGUAGAAGUGUAUUUCAGAGUAACCUGAAGUGGGAUAGAGGAGCACUAAAAUCGCAGAAAAAAUUAGUAGAUUAUGCCAACACUACCAACGUUGAAUUUACUGUUGACCCGAAGGUUUUAUUCCAUGGUCGAUUAAUUAACAGCUAUUUGCAAAUAUUUAAGUUGAUCAAGUGCAAGUGACUGCCAGCAAAGUGUACAGAUUUGCUCUUUGACAACAUCUUGACAUGAUUGUAUUGUUUGCAUAGACAAUACAGCAUGUCCUGGCAGAAAAGAGCAUUUUUAUAAUGAGCAUGUGCUGAACCAUGAACCUGUCCCUUUAAUGUUGGCGUGGUCGUGAUUGACGGUUCUGAAAAUAGCUUGAGGAACAUGUCCAGCGAAAGCAAGUUGAGUGUUACAUGUUUCUCCUACUGUUGCAUUAGAAGUUUGGAAUAAAUUAUUGUUGCUACUAGAACCAUUUCUUACCAGGUUAUUUGUUGUACAUUGUUCUUGAAUGGUACAACUGUAGAUUAAAGGCAAUAUGGCAUAUGACGUGUAUAUAUCAGACAUGCUUGUAAAAUAUGCUGCAAUCCCUGUGGCCUAUACUUAUUAUUAACAACACAUUUUGUGGUUUCUUUUGUAGGCCACUCUAGAAGGAUCAUCUCUUUCUUCUGCAUUACCACAAAAGGUAGGUGUUAGGUCAUAUAAUGUCAGUGCUCUAGUAUUCGAAUACUUGUCCAUUCAUUGUAAUGAUGGUUUAACAUUUUUAGACAAAGUGACUGACUGUAGACAGCUCCCUUGAAAUAUGAAUCUUCACUGUGCUGAAUUCGGUAAAUUUUGUGGUGAGAUUAUGACCUGUUAUUUCAUAGUCAGUCAUACCCCCCCCCCUUCUACUCCUCACUGCCAAUAUUAUCCUUAACUAAACUAUUCAAAUGCAUAUUUGAUAUGUUUGAUAUACGCAGUGUUGAGACAUACAGGAUACUACAUGGCCGCUCAGAGGUACGAAAUUUCUCUCCAAGUGUUGAUAUUUUUUCAACAUGAGAAGAGAAAUUUCGUAUCUCCAAGCGGCCAUGUGAUGUUCUAUUUAUUAUAUAAACACCAAUGAACUACCAAACAAUUUCACUUUAAUAGUUUUUUGGUGUGAAAGGUGCGAUUUAUUAUGUAGUCACAGCAAUGUAGAUCAAAUUUAUAACCUUCGUUUGAAAAAUUGCCCUUGAUGGAGUCUAAACUGACCUGAGGAAUGAAUUGACUAGCAAUAACUGCUUCUUUUGUAUAUGUCACUAUUUGAUAGGUAAGCACUCAAGAUUCAAUUGACCUGUAAAAAUCAAAUUGAAAGUGUUCAUGAGGUUUUGGUUUGACGUGCACAACAAAAUAGCCAUUCUUUUUUUUUUUCUCACAGAGUCUGACAUCAGUUCCUGAAAUAAAGGACUACCUUCACAUGAUCAAGUAAGUCUUUUUGUCUUGUUUUCAUGGCCUAAAUUAGAUCUUCAGUCACACAGGCACUCAAAGUCUCUCACUUAUUUUCAUCUUUUCUGCUAUAAAAAAAGAUUAUUAUUAUUUCAGCUGUAUGUCUAUGUAAAAAGUUCUUGAUAGGGGUAAACAUUUACAAAGUAGAGGAUUUGGUGGGUCUGAUUUGUUUAUUAUCUUGAUCACACGAUGAAGAUGAAAAGCUUCCAAAAAGGUUUCCCAGCCCUACUUAAAAUCAGUUUUAAUCUUGGUAAAUUCUUGUUUGCUAACUUCUCUCUCAGCUUUCUGCUAACAAGUUAAUAAAUACGGUAAUAAAAAGAGGGCUUGUCUGGUGUUCUAACAUCUGCAACAUUUCAUUCAUGCUUUAUCUAGAUGGGAGUUGGCAACAGAAAUUUCAGCUGGUAAAAUUUAAUGUUCAUUUUUAUGUUUUCAAGGCACAAGACAUUUGGAACCAAGAAAAAGAAGUACUGGUUUGUUUUUAAAGGUAAACAUAUAUGACAUUUUUUGGUCAUUGUUGAUAAUGUGAAUGUUAAGUGUUAAAGAUUGUUGUCAGCGUUCUUUCUACUAUGUUUCAUGCACAAUUAUGCUGACAUGUGUGGACAGAGAAGUGUGACUAUUGUUGGAAUUCAUUCCUAAAAACUCUCUCACACUAACAGAUGUAUAAAGACUGUGUUAUUUAUCUGUUUUAAGACACCAUUCUGACAGUGUUUAAGAGCCAAGAAGAUUCUUCUGGAGCACCUGUGCAAAGGCUUAAUUUGAGGGGUAUGUCUUUUUAUAUAAACCAAUAAACUGCUUUUCUGGUUUGAAGCUUUCUCUAGAAACCGACCCACUAUUUGGGUGAGUUUCAAUGCUGUAUUAGCUGAAUGGAUGUUUACAUGUACACUGUACCAUCAGAAUACAAUUUAUAAUACCACAGUGAAGGCCAUUGUUGGUUGUUGUCAUUGUUUGUUUGGUUCAUUCUGAAGUCUUUAAUCUUUUGUUCUCAGUGAACCUUUUUAUUCUUAUCAUUUGAAUAGCUCUUAGUAUAAGAAUACGUAGUAACAAUACUUUCUUAUGUCUCUGACUCCAGGCUGUGAGGUUAUUCCAGAUGUCAAUGUAAACAAAGAGAAGUUUAAUAUUAAAAUAAAACUCAAAGAAUCAGAUGACAUUGAAAUCUGUUGUUCAAGUGUAAGUGGCCCAUAUGUAUUACUUGUUACUCUGUUGUUUACAUGCUAAUACUCACAUUGUGAACAAGACAAGUGAUCAUGAACACUGUUAAAUUGAAGGCAUGGUAUAACGCUGCAAAUGAUAUAAAAUUUCACCGGAAGGCUUCCAAAUGGGAACAUUAAAAUCGUCUUUUGUUAUGUGAGGCAAAUAAACAGUUAGCGUUUUCUUUUUUUUUUCAAACUGUGUGUUGAUAGGAGGCACAAUAUUCUAAGUGGAUGGCAGCCUAUCGUUUGGCAUCAAAAGGAAAGACUAUGGCUGAUGCUGGAUAUGAUGCUGAGGUUUCUGGUAUUCAGGCGUUUCUCAGCAUGCAGCAUGAUAAAAGUGAUGCAACACCCCUCAGCCCAGGCCAGGUCAGUCAGUCUGUAUUACUGCUGCUUGUGUAGCAGCUGUUACUUGAGAUCAUAAGUCAUUAUAAAACACAGCAUUGUGUCUUUCAUUGUUAUGGUUAAUAAGGCACGGAUGAGAUUGGUUUGUUCAGUAUGUCUGUAACUAUGGCUUUUCCUCAGCCUUCUCAGUCCAGCCGGUGAGAAGUGCAGUACCAUUCUUGUCUUUUCACAUCCAUGCUUUUAACAAUUUUAAAUAAGUAAAGCACGUCGCAUGAUGACCAGCAACAACCGACGGAUGUUUUUGAUUGACUAGGCAUUUUCCAACUAGCUACAUCAAAAAACUGGAAAUGUACUCAUUAGUCACGUGAUGGUGAAGUUCGAAGAGAAUAUUAAGAUUAGAUAGGAAGUCUUAUAAAUGUACGUUUGUAGUAAUUUGGUUAUCACUCUGAAAUUGGUCUAAUGUUGUUUAGAGGUGAAUCGACCUGGGUAACAGAAACCAAAGAUCGGAUACUUCAGCUUUUCAUUUGUGGGCAGCUCAUGAGAGCUGUCCCCUGACACACAAAGUAUGGGGGACCUUUAGAUUUGACCACGACUACGAGCUUUCAAACGAAAUUUGUAUGUCUCAUAUAAUUACCCAUUGCAGGUAACUUGUUCUUAUCCCUAACGUUACCGGACUUAUUUGCUAGCAGAAACUAGUUAGUUACGGAAAAGGGUUAUACUGUAGUUUGAGGAAAUGUAGUUGGCGCAAGUUUGAAAUUCCAAAGUCGUAGGGUCAGGGCUAGGGUUAAUUAAGACUGUAGGUCAUUGUUCCAGAACAACAAUACUAAAGCUGGCCCGUGGCCCUUGUGGCUCUUUCAUAUAGGUCGUAUAGGGACCUUAAUUCGCUUUAAGUUCAAUUUUAAUUUUCGGUUACGAGUUUUUUUUUCUGAUUCGUGUAGAUUCAAAUUCAGCCCGAGGAUUUUGUUGGGCCAAGGAUGCUGAAAAAGUACAAAGCUAAACAGGUAAGGUGACAUUAGAUCUUCAAAAUCAAGACGUUCUUUAAAGAAAUCGUAUAACUAGAAUGUAGUUAGACAUUAGAUGCCAUUGAAUUCCUUGGUCACGACCCAUUUCUGUUUACCUUGGCAGAUAGCAGCUCGUAUUCUUGAGGCGCAUUCAUCGCUAAACAAGACUUCACUGAUUGAAUCUAAGAUGUUGUACGUCAGGCAGUGGCAGGCAUUACCAGAGUUUGGUGUUUCUCACUUUGUGGUUAAGUUCCGCAAUUCAAAAAAAGAGGUAAUUCAUUCUUACUUAGUGAAGUAGUUUGUCAUUGUUGUUAAAGGUGGCUUGAUCCAGUUUUUCACUUUAAAUACCUACUCUCUUUGAUCACGAAAUAAAAAAGUGCCGCUAAUAACAAAAGAAGGGAAUCGAGUUUUACCUAUUUGUGGAGCUUUCGCGAAACCUUUGGUUGAAAUUUUUGGCUCAGUCUACAAAGAAAUGAGUCAUAACCAACGCUUUCCAAGAUCCUCAAACAGACCUUCACCCUGUCCGUGGGAAAUAUCCUGCAUAUAAAAAGUGAAAGAAGUCUCCUCACCCAUGGAUUUGCCAUGGCCUUCGGUUUAGGUUGUAUUUUGCGUGCUGUCCAAUUAAUCGUGUGAUGGCCCUCUGAAAAACUAGACAAAUAUGGUGUAGUGAAGUAAAAUGAAAUCAACUGUUAUAUGUUAGGUUUAUAGUAUAGUUUUCUAUGAAAAAUCACCGACCUAACAACGAGUAUUACCGACCUGACCAUAGUUCGGUUCCUGCACAUUCGCGUAGCUUUUCAGAGGGCCAUCAAGCGUUUAAUAAAAUGCUAGAGGUAUUGGAAUGUGCAAGUCCAUAGCCUCCACUGACACUCCAGUGACAAAUAUAAUCCACAACUUGGCUUGGAACAUUUACGUCUACGUACCUGACUUUAUUUUAGCAUGUUGCAAACGACUUGAAAUUUGGAGGCCAUUUUAAAUACAACAUGAACUAAACUGGAAAAAAACCGAAACCGGAAAAAUGUGAAUUCGCGAUUAUUCCAACUCGCUCACUAGACAAAUUCUCGUGUAGUUGAAUUCCUUAGAACGAUAUCCAAGUUCACCAAAACCCGGAAAAAAAUUUCGUCGUGACCUGACGUCGUCUUACGAAAAGUGAAAUUGGCCAUUUUCACUUCGUAGUCGUGCAGUGACGACAAAGAAAUUUACAAAAAUGCGUGACGCGUGACUGGCAGUUGUUGUUUUUCUUAUUAAACCUAUUGGUUUUUUGACCUUAUCGUUGCCAUCGCCGUCCUCUGAUCUCAAGUCCCUAUAAUGAAUUCAUCCUGUUUCGAACGUCAUCACUAUUAUUCCAACUCGUGCAAUUUGUCAAAUGUUGGCCAAUUUUCUUGAUUCAUUGAAGUUUAGAGGGCUGUUUAUAUAAAGUUGAGAAAAAGAACAAGAAAAUCGUUCUCUUGUGAUGACAUCCUCUAUACAAAAACGUUUAAGUCAGGACUCGCCAAAUGUGAUUAUUUUCCCCUUUAGAUGAUCGGAUAACGUUUUUGUUUCUUGCAUUUUCAUCAUCAUGUGACUAACUGCGAGUGACAUGCAGCUUUGAAGGCUACAAUUAAGUUUUCUUUGAUGGUAAUAUUUUUUUUUGCUAAUUCUCAUUUUUGCGGCAUAGGAAAUCUUGGGAGUGGCAUUCAACAGAAUCAUGCGCAUUGAUCCGACAAGUCGCGAAACCAUCAAGACGUGGCGUUACAGUGUUAUGAAGAAUUGGAACGUGAAUUGGGAGACCAGAGAAAUGGUUGUUCAGUGCGAAGGAGAAACCAUCACAUUUGAAUGUACUAGUGCAGACAUAAAGGUUAUUCACGAGUUUAUCGGCGGCUAUAUUUUCAUGUCAAUGAGAAAAGAUGUCAAUCAGCCAUCAAAUGAAGAAUUGUUCUUUAAACUCACUGGCGGGUGGGUUUGAAGAUCACAGUACUGAAUAUCAAGGAAUACGCCCUACAGUGUUACAUACAUAGCUCUUGACUUUUAAUAGUGCACUUUGAGAAGUAACGAAGGAGCGUAAAAUGUUUUGGCCAUUUACAACUAAUAAGGUGUUUCUUGAAGUAGGUGAGUCUAGUGGCGCCAGUUAUUGAACUAUAAACAGUUGAACUUAACUGACUUUAUUUCAUGCCUUCUUGAACGCUUCGUUCAAUCAUUCCUGUUUAUGUUUCUCGUAAACAGUUUUGCCAAUUGUCUAGUUUGAAAAGAUAAUCCACUUUUCUGUUUCUCGCAGAUAGUUAAGCGCCAACCUACCCCUUAAUCAUUAAAUAACAGGCCGUUUGUUGCUAUUUUUUGUAAUCCAUAAAAGAAUACCGGUAAGCUGUUGUAGCAUCUGGCAGGGCACGGUUGCCUUUCACAACAUGCUUAAGAUAUCAAGAUGUGAUGGAAACACUAAUAAUAUAUACUAUGUAGCAGUAUAGUAAGUAAGUGGCAAUGUCUUUGACAAACUACUCAUGUGUAGACUAGUUCUCAAGAAGUUAGUCUGAUAACUGACCAAGAAACAGUCAGGCAAGAGAUGGACAAUACACGUUGUGGCGUUGAGUAAAAUAUUUUUAAUGUUGAAAUAGAGUAGUUACAUUUGUAACUUUUUUUCGGUCUGAAAUAUUUGAAGCGAGGUUUCUGACAUCCUGAUUGUGAAACGUUGGAGAAACAGAGAGAAAUAAUAAUAGAUCAUUUUCGCGAAGCAGCUUCAUUCUUUAGUUAUAAAUCGGUGCUUGCAAACAUAAAGGGUAAUUUGAAGAUCCGCUCUAAUAAGGAAGAUAAUAUAAUUGUCACCCAGUAACCCGGGACACGACACUACCCUUGCCAGCUCAAGAUAAUCCAGUUUGAUGAUGGAUCAUGGGCUUACGUGGGCCAAGAGAUGGUGGGUCAUAUAGUCCAGUCAAUUUAGGCCUUUUUGAGGCUCAACAUCAAACUAAUUACAACAUAAUUUUUUUCAACGCCAUUACAGUAAGGGUGGCGUAUUUAGCAAUAUACUAAAAAUCCGCCAAAAUCCGUUCGGUGGAACAUGUCAAAAUUGAGCAUUAAACAUUUUGAGCUUUUAACAGGGGACACCCACGUAAGUUGAAAGUAUAUGUUCAAACGAAAAAUGAAAAAAAAAAUUUGCUUGCUACUUUUACGGAAAACUUAAAGAAGGAAAAUAGCUGCUUCGUAACAAGUGCUUAUUUUUUGAACAAAAGAUAGUAAAUUUUAAACUUGGUUGGCCAUUGCACAGGAAUCCCAUGUUCCGUUCCAGGAACCCCAAAAUAACAGCUGGCUUACAAUAUAAUAGACUGAACUAUUAGCUGUAAAAUUACAACAAAUUUAGUUGUCAGGCUUAAAAUCUGAAAAUUGAAAGUCGUUACGGCCAAAACAGAGCUCACGAAGGGAGACUAACGUUAUGGCCAAAAUAGAGCUCUCCCCUCAGACAGUAAAAAAGAUGUCAACAUAAAAAGCAAGAGUACAGUCGUUGAUUAAUUUUUUUCUUCUCAUCCUUUCUUUCCCCUUUCUCUUUCUAUUGUUUUUCCUUUUCCUUUUCUUCAUUUGCCUCAGGCUUUUGGUCUUUUUCUUAGUCAAACGACUGGAAUUUCCUUAUGUAUACGUUUUAAAAAUUCCAGCUAGGUAACGUUUUGGCUUUAACGGUUAACCAAACGUUAAUUUUCGUUAAUGUGCCGUUAUCUGCAAAUAUACGACUUUAAUUUUUUUUUGUUGGAACCUUUUCACCUGUUCUUUUACAUGGGAGGAAAAUCAUGGGUAUUUUAUGACAUUCGUUUCAGUCCGAGAUCUAUUUUUAAAGAAGUAUGAAGACUGUUCAAAUGUUCUUUGAAGGCUGUGUGGCGCCAAGUUAAACUACAAAAUAAUUAAAUCAGAAAAUGAGGGAAGUUCUCAGAACUUAAGUACUUUUAUGCAAACAUUCUUCUUUGGGGCUGGAAGGGCUAUGAGGUCAGUGAGUGAGGGAGUCAUGCCGGUGCACGCGUCACACCAGUCAGAGUGUGGGUUGUAUUAAGUAACGAAUCAAAUUGCCUGUUAGAAAAUAGGAUGGUAUCAGAUUACUGUAGUUUGUUCAGUCAAACAUUUUACACGUUAUAUCGAGGGAGGAUUACAUAUGAAAAGUAUUUUGUGUGACACUCAGCUGCUUACAAUGCACACGCUGUUAGCAAAAUGCCCAAGACUCAACUGUGAUUCGAGGGUUCGUUUUGGACGAGCUAGUUUCAGCUGACCGAAGUGAAAAUUGUAGCAAGUACUCUUCUGUGUUAUCAUGAAGUUAUUUCUGUGGUUAUUACAAAUUGUUGCAGAAAUGAUGAGAAAUCUCGUCAUGGCCUGUGUAUACUUUAUCUCUGUCGGAGUUGGUUGGGAAUAUUUCGUAUGGUAGGUGUGGUGUCAUACAAGAUGUUUGCUACGGUAGUUAGUCGCAUGUAAGAAAGAGGAUGGCGAAGAAACAAUUGUAGAUCGGCGAGACGUGGAUAUUGGUAAAGCUGCAGAUGCUGUUGCUCAAACUGAGUAUGUGUGCAAAGAGUUAUCAACAAAGAUUCGAAGCGUUUAAUAGUUUAUUGAAAUUUAGAGAAAGAGCAGUGUUUCCCAAAUGUGAAACAAGUGAAGGAUUGUGCGCAAAAGCUAGGGAUUUCAAGCUCAUGUGUUCGAUCGAUUGCGAUAAUUAUUUAGAGGGAACAAGAUGCUUUGCAAAUGAGAUAAAAGGUGUAAGAUCGAGAUAUUGUAUUUUCGUGUGUAGUGGUUGAUGCAAAAGGAUAACUGAAAGACGUAAGCUUAGAUGUCGAGAACCUUCAAGAAUCCGUUUCAGACUUAAGAUUGCUAUACCGAAAAAUAGAAAGAUAAGAUGCUUAUUGAAAGAGUACUGGGGGUUGUUCCAAGGUCGAAAAAAAUACUUUACGAGUACUGCUACCUCCAGGGGCGUUUAAGGCCCUGUUUACACUGGUCCGGACAAAUUUUUGCGCGUACAAAUACUUGCACAGCUCCACCAUGCAUUUACACGGGACCAGCAGAACUGGACGAAUUUUUGAACGGCUAAGUGUGCAAGUUUGGGACCUGAAAAAGGCAGGUCAACUUUUUGACCGGCACGGUUCCAUAUUUCGUACGGACUCGUGUAAACACACGAACCGUGCAACUUUUUGCUCAGAUAGCGCGGUUAAGGCCUGGAAUCUAGUUAUGUUUUGCCUAGCUGCUUAGCAUAAUGAAACAUUUCGUUACAUGUUUCAGUUACAUUUUGUUGAAUUUAAGACAAAAGAAACAAACGAAAGCAGAUUACAGAUUUGAGAAAACGAGCGGCAACAGCGUGCAUCGCUAUUUUAGCCGGAUUAGCUGGGCGUUUGCAGUACACGUUGCUGCAAAUUGCUAUUGUUUAAUUUUUUCAUCAGACCACGUAAAGUUUUGUCUGCCGCCCUGUUUGAUUUGUCGCAUACUACAUCAUCAGCUGCAACAUGAUUGGCUUAAAACAUUAGCGAUAACUAAUCACAACAGAGACGUAAAAAGAGUCAUUUAAAUGCUGCGACUGGUCUAAAAUUUGCACGGAUCCGGCCGUGUAAACACCACUGCAACCUGUAACAGAAUUUGCACGGAUCCAUGUAAGGGACGGACCAUUAGAAAAGUGAUGGUGGGGAUGGGGAAAAAACCAAAAAAAAAUUCAUGCAAAAGAAAAUGCCAAGAAAAAAAAUCCGUGCAAAGAAGAAGGUAAAGAAAAAAAAUUCAUGCAGAAGGAAGGUCCAAUUAUGACCUUUAUUUUGAAUAUAUAAAAUUUGCCAGUGCCUAUUAAAAAUAAUUCUUAUUCAAAAUAUUCUUGGGGCCUUACCCCAGGCCCUGCUAUAUUUGGGACUUUCAUGUAUUAAUUGAGAAUUCGAAGGUGUUGUUGAAUGGGUGGAGCGGGAUGAUAGUUGGACGUAUUCAGCCACCAGUCCCAGGUUAUUCUUGUGAAGGGGACUUCCACUAUGCUCAUCCUGACGCUAUUUCCUCAGGAGAGAUAACAGAGAAGGUUGGUCUCAAAACAAAGCAUGUAGUAGAUGCCCAUCAUGCCUCUACAAGAAAGCGAGAGUUCUGCCCCCGGGAAAAAUUAGGUGGGUUAGUUUCGUCUUGUGGCAAUCCAGAGUUAGAAUUGAAAUAUGAGAAAUCAAAUGAGUCUGUUUCUGUUCAUGCCAGUGUAACAGAUGCAAAUGAUACUCUUGUCAAGAUGUUGGCAUCUGUAGAUGAGUUUGUUUCCAAAUAUACUGGAGAAGAUCUUAGGAAUGCUGUUGUAAAUGAGCUGAAACGGCAUUACAAUGCCAAAAUCAAAACAUUUAUUUCAAAUUAAGGGGGCAAAUGCAAGUGCCAGAGCAGUCGAAAAGGCAAAAACAUAUGAUGAUUUUGACUGGGAAAAGCUCAUUAGAACAAAUGAACUGGAAAACCUGUAUAUCUCCCAGCUUGAUCUCUAUUUAAUGGCAAAUUUCAAUCUUUCAAAGAAGGACUGUGAAAAGAAAGGUUUUACAAAGGUAAGCAAGAUUGAAAAUAUCAAAAAACAUUUUUAUUCAUCUGAGAAUCAAAGGAAGCGCUAAGAAGCAUGCAGCACAUCGGGAAAUUCAUGUGGCCCUGCCUCAGACUGGACAAAUCAAAGAAGCACAUACUGUACUCCAAGUUCCGGCUCCCUGGGGUGGUACAGUCACAGUGCCGCAUCAAGGGCAGGUCAACCUUGUGAACACCUGUCCUAUUGAUAACUUCUUGACAAUAUUCUAUGUUUUAAGACCCGUAACAAGUUCUUCCAGUAUUUAUUAAGAUCGCCAG